CAAUUGUGUCAGUGCGGUUAAUGUUUUUCUUUAGCUCUGCUGUUCCUGCCGUUCUUCUGUGCUGACUUUCUGCUCAAAUCUCUGCAGAAAUACACCGUGCGCAACGCGGUUUCCUCCUUGAGACGCUCCCAGAAAGUGUGCCCCUUUCAAUGUCCAAGAAAAACAAGACAAAAGGUGAUUCCUCAGCAUCGCCCAACUCGUCAGUCUUCUUCACGGUCCUCUUCUACUGCCUGCUGAUCAUCCUGCUGCCCAUCGCCGGGUUCUUCGCCUCCAAGUGGUACAUCUUCGACGGCUACCUGCAGCUGCCGCAGGUGACGAGUAACAUCUACUCGGCUGUGGUGGCCGUGGUGGCGCUGCACGUGGCGCUCUUCUUCUACAUCUACCGGGCGUACUUCGAGACAGAGGCGAAGCCCGAGCGGGUGCUGGGCAAGGAGGACUAG